AUUGCAGAGCAAUGCAAAGCAUGCAGGACUUCAGCAGCAGUGUUUGACAUGUCCUACUUUGGCAAGUUCUACUUGUCUGGCCCUGAUGCUCAGAAAUGUGCAGACUAUGUGUUCACCAACAAUGUUCAGAGGCAGCCUGGAGCAAGCAUAUAUUCUUGCAUGCUGAAUUCCAGAGGAGGCAUUGAGUCUGACUUGACUGUCUCAGUCUUGGACAAUAGUCAACUGUUGCCCUGUGAGCCCAAAUUUCAGGGCCCUGGUUUUUAUGUGGCUGCUGGAGGUGGCUCUUGGAACCAGGCCCUCAGUCACAUCAUGUCAGUGGUCAGACAGCAGAAAUUUGAUGUUCAAGUUCACAAUGCCACCAAUGACAUGGCUCUGAUUUCUCUUCAAGGACCAAAAAGCCGAGACAUUCUGCAAAAGCUGGUGGAUGUUGACCUGUCCAAUGACAACUUCCCAUUCUCCACAAACAAGAUAGCCACUGUGGCUGGCAGGUUGGUAAGGCUGUUGAGGCUGACAUUUGCAGGAGAACUUGGCUGGGAGCUGCAUGUGCCAAAUGAGUCUGCAGUGCAAGUCUACCAUGCUGUCAUGGCAGCUGGCAAACCAUUUGGCAUUGCCAAUGCUGGUUACAGAGCCCUUGAUUGUCUCAGCAUUGAAAAAGGGUUCAGACAUUGGCAUGCAGAUGCAAGACUGGACACCACUCCACAUGAAGCAGGUUUAGCCUUCACCUGCAAACUGAAAACUGAUACAGACUUUCUAGGCAGACCCAUUGUG